AUGACUGGUUUGAGCAUGAACGUGAUUGAUAAAUGUUGGAGAACGAACUCCCAGUGGCGCAGACAUCGCCCACAACUUGCAACUUGUUCUGUGGGGUACGCAGGGAAGAUGACAAACAACAUUGGGAAAGACCUCAUCCACUACAAAGUCACCGAUCCCAGUGACGACCCAAUAAACCCCAAACCUGGCACGUUGAGAUAUGGAGCUUCCAUGAUCCAACGCAAAGUGUGGAUCACAUUCCAAAGGGACAUGCAUAUUAAGCUUCUCAGGCCCCUUCUCAUCAGCAGCUUCACCACCAUUGAUGGCCGAGGCGUCAGCGUUCACAUUGCUCGUAAUGCAUGCUUGAUGAUCUUCAAGGCGACCAACAUAAUAAUACAUGGCAUUCGGAUCCAUCACUGUAAGCCUCAAGCUGCGGGGAUGGUGGUGGGUCCAGAAGGGAAGGUGAUUCAAGUAGGUCAGGUGGAUGGGGAUGCGAUCAGACUGGUGACAGCCUCCAACGUAUGGAUUGACCAUAAUACGCUGUAUGAUUGUCAAGACGGCCUUCUUGAUGUUACGAGGGGUUCCACCAACGUGACCGUCUCUAACAAUUGGUUUAGAGACCAAGACAAGGUUAUGCUUCUCGGACACGACGAUGGUUACGUCAGGGACAAGAACAUGAAGGUCACCGUGGUGUACAACCAUUUUGGACCUAACUGCAACCAGCGCAUGCCUAGAAUUCGCCAUGGAUAUGCACAUGUAGCCAACAAUCUAUACCAAGGAUGGGUGCAAUACGCCAUUGGUGGAAGCAUGGGACCCAGCCUCAAAAGUGAAGCCAACCUGUUCAUAGCACCACAAUCUGGGAGCAAAGAGGUGACAUGGAGAAAAGAGAGCAAUGGGAAUAUGGGAGAGUGGGAAUUUCAUUCGGUGAGGGAUGUGUUUGAAAAUGGAGCUUGCUUCACAGAAACAAAAGGAGGGCGUGUACCAAAACCUUAUUAUAACAGGGAACAGAUUUUUGAAGUUGCAGAUGCCAAAUAUGUGAGGGCAUUGACAAGAUCAUCAGGCGCCUUACGCUGCUCCAAAACCUCCAGAUGUUGA